AUCCCAAACAAUUAAAAGCAAAAUUGCCAGCAAUUAAAAAUUUGUACGGCCCUCAUGUCCUCACAUCGCCUUUUCCUCGUAUAAAUAAAACCCACGCCCACUCAAUUCUCAUCCAUAUUCACUCUCCAUUGAAGAAAGCUAAAAAGGAAAAACAAGAAAAUGUCACAGAGCAACGAGGCGCCGUCCGCCGCCGUGGAUGGUGGCAGAGUUUGCGAGAUCAUCCUGUUCGGGGUGCGAGUCAAAAUCGAUCCAAUGAGGAAGAGCGUGAGCAUGAACAACCUGUCUGAGUACGAGCCUGCUAAUAAAGACGGCAGCCCGAACAACGGCAAGGAGCCGCCGAAGGCUGCGGCUGAGAAAGGUGGGGCGGCGGCGACGGCGGGGUACGCCUCCGCCGACGACGCCGCGGCCCAGGAGUCCAACGCGAAUCGCGAGCGCGAGCGCAAGCGAGGUGUUCCAUGGACAGAGGAAGAACACAGGCUGUUCUUGAUUGGACUGGAGAGGAUUGGGAGAGGAGAUUGGAGGGGAAUUUCUAGAAACUUCGUGAAAACCCGCACUCCAACACAAGUCGCUAGCCAUGCUCAAAAGUACUUCAUUCGCCGGAACAACGUCAACCGCCGCCGGCGCCGGUCGAGCCUCUUCGACAUGACCACCGACUCGGCUACUGCAAUGCAAAUUGAAAAGGGUAACAAAAACCAAGAGAGCCAUGCACAGCCAAUAGUUACUAUUGUCAAGGGAUUCUCAGCCGGGCCUUCUCCGGUCAAAGCUAGCCCGAUUUUACUCUCUAUGAAAAACACAGACUCGAAGGAAAAAUCGAGUCUUGCUCAAAAGAACGUGAUUAAAACCUCGCCUAAACAGACUCCCUUAACAAUGGUGGAUCUCAACUUAAAUAACGAAGCUGAAGCCGCAGUUGAGGCUUCACCGUUAUCUCUGGGGCUCUCUCUUUCAUGCUGUCAAGACCAGCCGUGUACAAAUGGUUCGGAUUAUGAAAUGAUGUCGAGCUUGAAGAAUGGUGAUAAUUAUAUUAGCGUUGCUUAAGUUUCGUAGGGUUGAAGAAAAUAAAACCGGUCGAACAAGGAUUGGUGUGGAAGCCAAUUAGAUCCAGUUAUGGUGUGUUAGGUAGAUUAAGUUAAGAACUAGAACUAGGAUUAUUAGUGUGCUCUGCUAGGAAGAAGAAGAAAAAAAAAAGUCAUCUUUUUUUUUCAUUGUACAGACUGGAGAAAGAGAUGCUUGCUAUGUAUGUUGUACUUGUUUGUUUUUAUCUGCUUUGAAUUGUAGGUUAUUUAUCGUUUGUGUUGAUAAUNUUUAUUUGUUGUCUAUAGUGGAAUUCAUCAUCUUU